AUGGCUUAUGAACCUGUUGGACACAACAUUAAAGGUCCGCGUGUGUCGGUGGAGGAUGCGUUGAGCAUCCAAUAUGAUGCUGGGUCGUAUAGCAACAGCUUGGAUGAUUCACGAGAUCACGAUGGGGAAGACGGUGUGAAAGACAACAAGGACACAUCUCACGAAAAACGAGUACAGAAAUGGCCAUCGCGUUCACAGAAAGUAGCGACGAUCACACCGCUGAAAGUACUGAUCAUGGUAUUUGAUGUGGUUCUGGCAUCGACGCCCAUUAUGUUUUUAGCACUCGCUUUUGUCGCUGUUAGGCUGAACGGAAAAGAAGUGUCAGACUAUGGUCAUAAGCUGGAACAAACCCUACUUCUUUCGCCAACCAUAUUCCCACUUAUCUUUGCGGCUUUGAUGGGAAGGUUCUUUCGACACCUCGAACUUUGGCUGGCUCAGCGAGGCACAAGUCUUGGUCGUCUUGAACAACUGAUUGGCUGCCAGUCCGUCUUCUCCGCACUCGAGCGUCAGAUUUGCCUGAGGUCUUGGUCUAUGGUUGGGCUAGCAUCUGUCUUGAUUUGGCUUCUUUCGCCAGUGGGUGGACAAUCCGCGCUUCGGCUGCUGAACCAAGAAGUUAGGGAAAUUCAUUUUGCUAGCCAAAUACGCUACAUGAGUCCUAUGACGAUCAUGGAUUCUAUGAUGAGUGGCGCCUCCUACGCCGAACUUGGCCGUAACACCUACACGCCCAUUACGCUCGCAGCUAUACUCAGCAGCACCAGAUAUCAGAGUACACCGAUGGACCUAUGGGGGAACGUCAAGCUUCCGCUCUACCGUACUAUCGAGAACAGCACGCCUGAUGAGUGGAAAUUAGUCCCCAACUCUACCGCCGCUAAUAUUACGUACGCUUCUCUGAUUGGUAUUCCGGUUGUUGGACCACCAUCUGUUGGCUUCACCUCUUUCAACAUAGAAGCUCGACAAUGGGAUUUGAAGUGCCUGAGCAACGAAGGGCCAAAAGACAAACCAGCGGAUUUCACUGAUGACUUCUCAUGGCAACUCCAGAUUCACAACGAAACACAGCCGCCUUGCAGGAACAACGCAACAGACUGUCCCACCCCAUGGUGUUAUGGUUACCCCUGUCCGAUUCGGAGUGAAUCUGUCGCCCAAGACAGAGAAGAUAAAUUCUCAAUAGCCAACUGUGAGCUUUCGUUCGACAAGUAUGAAGCUGGAGUGCGCUGCAACGGGACAGCUUGUGCCGUCUACAAGAUGAGAAAGUUAGGAUUGCUCGAUGAAGACUAUCCGAUUGGUUACGACAUUGUUAUCCGGAGAUUUACCUCGACCCUACUUGGAGUAAUGCCGAGCCUCGACUUCUACAAGACAGAAACACCAAGGUAUCAUAAAGGCUCGACGACAAUGGAGAAAUGGAUAGGUGAUCCAUCCAACUUCAUCGGUCUGGGUUUUGUCAACGUCGAACUUUACAAAUUACCACCACAGGCUUUUGGCGAGCGAUUGACCAUCCUGUACAACACAUUCUGGCAAUCUACUUAUGGCACGCGAGCGCUCGGUGGAAGUUUGCCAGCAUCUGUAAUGGAGACUGCCUGGUUGAACACUACGCAGACCACAGACUCGGUCUCUAGUGUGAAAUUCGUCGCAACCGAUGCCGACGUAUUGCAGAAAACAAAACCCAUCUACAAAACGAACUGGAAAUGGCUCACAGCGCUAUUGGUUUGUUCGAUUGUACUGCUAGCUGCGGCCUAUACGGGACUUGUUCUUAAAUAUAUUACGCUCGUACCGGAUAUCAUCGGUUACGCAUCUUCGCUGACGCUGUUGAACCCUUACUUCCCGACUCCUACAGGUGGAACUACGCUGAGUGGAUUGGAAAGAACAGCGUUGUUGCGCGACUACCCCGUACGGAUAGGGGAUGUUUGCCCAGAUGAGGCGGUAGGCGCGAUAGCGUUUGCAAGGUCUGAUAUGGGAAAUGUGGGAAGGUUAGACAGAAAGCGAUGGUACAUCUGA